AUGGUAGCGCUCAACAAACACAAGUCUGUGGACGACUUAGAUGUGGGAUCUGUCAACCUCUCGCUUGCCUCGCCCACAAGGAGGGCCCGGUCUUCAUCGCCUGUGAAGAGCAUGAACAGGCUCUCGAUGCCUCCACUUCCCUCCCGACACCUGGCGGAUUCCAAUGACGAUCUCUUGUCGACAUUCUCAGUCAAUAGCUCCAUCUCGACUAACUUUCGAGAGUUGAGUCGGUCACCCAUCUCCAAAAAAUUGCACAUCUCAAGGGCUGACCUUGCCAUUCCCAUCCCAUUCACCUUGCAAUUGCCUCCCAAGUUGUCUAAAUCGCUUCCAACCACUCCAAGGACUUCAACGUCACCUCAACUGUCUCCAAAGUCGACUCCAUCCAAAUUGGUGUUCAACGGCAGCUCAUAUGAGGCCAUGGAAUUCGACGAAGUUGACUCUGCAGAUGUCAGUUAUUCGGGACCUAGAAGCAACCCCGGUUCACCUUCUAUCGCCAAACCUCCGUCAGUGACAGCCAGCCGCAAGAAGGUGGCUAAAUUCGUCCAGAAAACAAACUCAAUUCCCCUUGACCAACUCAGUAUGAUCGAGGAAGCAUCCACAAGAGCAAACAGUGUUAAAUCGAAAGCUCUAACGCUGCUCCCCGUAUCUCCACUGCCUUCCAGUCACUCGCUAUCUAGACGUCUACUGAGAAAACCACCUCCAGAUAUGGAGCCUGUUUUGGAGGCUCCAGUGGCGAAUAGGGUGAUUUCUGGUGUCAAUUCCAAUUCAAUUAAUGCAAAAUUGCUUGCUGACUCCGCUGGGAGCUCUGUUCUCAGCGCUCAACCUUCACCUGUUGAGUCUGCGUUCGAGCUCACCAAGACAUCAAUACAGCCAGAGACGAACGAAAUUGUGGAAAUUAUGAGACUUCUGGGAACUUCGAGAGUUCACGAAUAUUCUAAAUCCUCAGCAUCUGGUUCUCCUGAAGAAGAAUUGGCGCCUCCAUUGGUUGCUGAACGUCAUGAUGCUCGCUUGGGUCUUAGUCACACCACUGCAUUCCAUCAUAACCUUAACAACACUACAACUGAGCUUCGAAUCGACAAGCGGACCUUUUCAGAUGAAUCUCACGUUUCUUCUGUCAGCUCUUUCAGUUCUGUUGGUGAUUAUUUCAACACCUAUCCGUUCAACUAUAGCCCCAGAGCUGACUUCAGAGAUUCUCUGCUACAUCUGGCUCAAAGGAACCAGCCUGUCCCACAGACUCAGAGAAUACAGGCAGUUCUGGCAAUAUCCAAACAACAGCCAGUUCAAUCACGCCAAUCACUCAUCCCACCUCCACAGGUUGAUCUCUCCCGAAAUGUAUCGACCAAGUCAUAUACAUCUGAAUCCAGUGAGGGCUCUCACUCGUCAUGGAAUUCUCUUCAGAAGAGUCUUGACCUCACCUUGAAAGAAAGUUUGUCUAAUACAUCCGAUAUUGAAGACACCACUCUUAACCAGGUUGUGCUGACUCCACUGGAAGUUGACGAGACAAUGGAGAUAGAGAUUCUCCCUCUUAAUAUUGUAAAGAGUGGGCAAGAGUCCUUGGAGAAACCCGAAGUCGACGCCAGCAAUAAUGGUGCUGGAAGAAGCUUCAAUUUCCCAAACAACGAGUCGAAUAUCACUAACACGGCCUCGAAGAAAAAGGCUCCAAACUCUUUUAAGAAUAGCCAUUCUGCUUAUAGUCUUAUGUCAUCGACUGGCCAGAUUGAGAUUCCUGACUUGGAUGAUUUGAGCAUCCAAGAAAAGUAUUCGCAAACUGUCAGAGUCAAUGGCAGCAUUUCUUCUGGUACAGAAUCGGCUUCAGAUAUCAUCGAGCCCAUUGGGAUGCCCUCUCGAGCAGCAAGGGAUCACUUUAAAUCGAUCUAUGGAGAACAUUCGUCAGAUUCUGAUAGCGAUUCUUCCUUCAAUUCUCAAUUCACUAAGUUGAACAAAAAGAGAUCUUCGAAGCUCUCCCCCAUUGAAGAAUCUGUGUCCACGCCUGUUCUUCAAGCAUCUCCAGCCAAAUCACCAGUUCGUCAUGCUAGACAACGAUCCAUGUACAAUAUUGACUUUGAAGGCUUCAAUAGCGAAGCCUCUCCAAUACGCAAGCACAGCAGAUCAAGAUCUACAGCAGAUGUUUCCAUUGUUUCCAAAGAGCUUCCUCCUACUCCACAGACCCGUAUGAAUCUUGCAAAUGAUGAGAUUUUAGGAUCUAGUCCAAAAAUUGUUGUUGCCGAACCUCCUAAAAAGGUCCAAUAUGCGGUGGAUUUCAAAACUGCUACCAAGGUUCCACAAAAGGAGGAUAUGUUCCACAUCAAGGCUCCACUUAAUUACUACCAGGGCUCCAGUUUAUCUGCUACAAACAGAUCAUCACACUCAGAGUAUCUCACUGCCGGAGGCUCUGACAUUGCAUCCAGUUAUCAGUCCAGUAGAACUGCUAGAGAAACCAUGUCAACAGCACCUACUGAUAACAAUAGUGUUCUCAUUGAUCUUACUAAAGAUAGUUACAACCUUUGCAUGAUCACCCGUAAAGACUCGCAGCUAUCCUACAAGUCAGUUAUUGAGAAGACCAAAGAUGGAAAGGAUGUGGAGGUUGUACUUGUCGAUGAAGAUGACGACACAAAUAACAUGGACUUGGGAAAUGAUAUUGAUAGAGAUGAUUUGCUGAGCAUUUAUUCUCAUUAUAUGAACGAUUGGGUUGUUCGAUCUGAUUUCAAGCGCUCAGAUUUAGCCAGGGCCGAUUUUAAGAGAUCAGACUCAAUGCUUUCAUCUGCAUCGGAGGCUAGUGACAUGACAACCUCAAGUUGGACACCUACAGAAACAAACUUUCACGUGAAGUCUGUGAUAGCAACUAGACGUGAACGGGAGCCAAUAUCACUUCGGGGAGCUCGGGCUGCGUUGGCAGGAAGAAAUCUGGCCAAGAAUGUGGAGGCACCCCAAGGUAAACGCUUGCCAGUAAAUUCUGUGGUAACAAAGACAAAACCAAGAAUUGAGCUGCGGGAAAGCAACUACUACGAUUACUCUGCUGGAGAAAAUUACGAUUUCAAAACAUUCAUGGAGAAGAGGGCUAUUUCGGAAGCCAACUAA